AUGGCAAUCACCGCACGAGAACUGCUACCGCACAAUACAUUCAAAGGAUUCAAGAGACUGCUUGUACCCUUUGGAUAUAACUACAAGGAAACCACUGGGCAAUCGGAUGCACUCGAUUCAGCCACCAAGCACCCUUACAACGUCAUCAAAACUUCAAAACUCGCACACAGCCAGCAUCUACCCAGCUUCGAUUUAGAUUAUGAUUUGCUAUCCGGCAACAAAAUCAUCAAGAACGAAAACUUCCACCCUUACUCUCUCGCAUACGCUGGCCACCAAUUUGGGUUCUUCGCCGGACAGCUUGGUGAUGGCCGGGCGAUUACCGUACUCGAUACUGUCGACAAGUACGGUCCUGUACAGCUACAGCUCAAAGGCGCUGGCUUGACCCCUUUUUCUCGAUUCGGGGAUGGUUAUGCCGUGCUGCGCUCAUCCGUGCGCGAAUUCCUCGCUUCUGAGUACAUGGCUGUUUUGGACAUACCCACGACUAGAGCACUCUCGCUGAUUUCACUCCCUCAGCUCGAAGUACAGAGGGAGACUGUGGAGACGGGUGCGAUUGUAUCCCGCUUAGCUCCAUCGUGGCUGAGAAUUGGCUCCUUUCAGCUCCUUAACCCCCCUCAAUCCUCAUACUUUGGUCUGAAACGCGACUGGGAAAUCAUGUCUCACCUCACUCAUCACGUCGAAAAUGAUCUCUUUGGGAAUAAGUUGGAUUUCAAAGGCGUGAUACUUGAAGUGGCAAUGAGGAAUGCUGUAACAGUCGCUAAAUGGCAAGCAGUCGGUUUCUGUCACGGUGUUCUCAACUCUGAUAACAUAUCAUUGCUCGGACUGACACUUGACUACGGUCCAUAUGCGUUCAUGGAUAUAUACAACUCAGCACAUAUCUGUAAUCACACGGACCAGGCUGGCUUCUACAGUUUCAAGAUGCAGCCAAGUCGCGUGCUCUGGGAUGUGCAGCAGCUCCUCAACAGCACUGCUGAGGUCGUCGGUGCGGAAGAGGAGGGUGUAGCGAUAACUCCUACGUUUGCAUUAGACAGUGAGGGCAAAGAGAGUUUCGACAAUCUGUUCAGAUGGCGCAAGAAGGGUCUUGAAUUGAGUGACGAGAUCGACGACGUGUUCAAAGAGACAUUCCAAAGUGCAUACUUACACGAAAUGGGACUCAAGUUGGGUAUCAAGGAUCUGACCCACGCUGAACAUCUAGAUCUUGUCAACGUUUUCCUCACCAUGAUGCAGGACCAAGAGGUUGAUUAUAGCGCUACAUUCCGCGCGCUUUCUAGCAGCGCCGAUGAAAAUGUUGUGGCUGAUAGGAUUCUUGCUUUCAAGCCCGUUACAUCCUUCCUGCAAGACAGCGCAAAGGAUACUUGGUUAGGCUGGCUCAAAACAUAUUUCCAGAGGGUUGAGACAGAUAUUGAGAAUGGUAAGUGGGGUGACAAGGAACACGCUCACGAGGCGCGCCUGCAUAGUAUGCGCUCUCAUAACCCACGGUUCGUGCUUAGACAGUGGGUGCUAGAAGAGUCUAUUGCCAAGUUACAAGCUGGCGACCAAAGUACUUUCGACAGAGUAUUCGAGAUGUCACUGAAACCAUUCGAAGCUUUCAGUGAAAACACGCGCGAUGAACAGCUAACUGAGGAGCAGCUCGAUGAGAAGCGUCUGUGUGGAUUGGGUGACGAGUCUCUCCUAGGCUAUCAAUGCAGCUGUAGUUCUUAA